AUGGCCAAUUCCGAUCUCUCGAUGCUUUUGCCAAGGGUUCUCAUUGUUUCUCGCCGUGCCAUCCGCAAGAACAAAUUUGUAGAUUUUGUUGGUGAGUAUCAUCUGGAUCUCAUUGUAAGAUAUGGAGCUGUUCCAGUCAUUGUCCCAAGAGUUAGUGGAGUUCACACUCUCUUACAAAGCUUUGAACCUAUCCAUGGAGUUCUUCUUUGUGAAGGUGAGGACAUUGAUCCCUCCCAUUAUAAUGCAGAACUGUCUGGACUUUCACCUGAAGAGCUUGAGCAUAUCAGGAACCUUCACCCAAGUGAUACUGCCAUUGAUGAAGAGAAAGACUCUAUUGAGCUAAGGCUUGCAAAGCUCUGUCUUGAAAGAAAUAUACCUUAUUUGGGUAUAUGCAGGGGGUCUCAAAUCCUUAAUGUUUCAUGUGGGGGCACACUUUACCAAGAUGUAGAGAAUGAACUUUUGGGGAAAUACCCCGAGUUGUUCCAAAGAGUAGCUCAUAUAAACUAUGAGAAUUAUGAUGGACAUCGUCAUUUGAUAAAAGUAAUGACGAACACUCCCUUACAUGAUUGGUUUAAGGACUCUUUGGAAGAUGAGAAAAUGGAGAUCAUGGUGAAUAGUUACCACCAUCAGGGUGUUAAGGGACUGGCACAGCGAUUUGUUCCAAUGGCAUUUGCUCCAGACGGUCUGGUUGAAGGAUUUUAUGAUCCAAAUAAUUAUAAUCCUGAAGAUGGAAAAUUUAUUAUGGGCCUUCAAUUUCAUCCAGAGAGAAUGAGACACCCAGGUAGUGAUGAAUUUGAUUACCCUGGAUGCAGUAUGGCUUAUCAGGAAUUUGUGAAGGCUGUAAUCGCCUAUGAGAAAAAACUUAGCUGCUCAACAUUGGUGCCAAGGGCCACAAAGCUUAGUGAGGAACUGGAGUUAAAGAGAAAAAUCAUCCUGAAAAGCUUCUCAGUCGCUGGAAACAUUUACAAGUCUGAGUCUCAAAUGGUUGCAAACCAAAGUUCUGAACUUGAAGCAGGAGCAGAUUUUCUACAGGCAAAUAUAGCACUGAGUUUGCAGCAGGAGAAUAGGUUAAAGCAGGUUGGUGCAACAAUUAGAAAUGGUUCAGUUUUUACACACAAGCUGAAAAUGUAUCAGGUGAGGGAAAAGGUUGCAACGACUAUGAUGGCAAAUAUGUCCGUAGAACAGUUAUCUGAAAUGAUGUCCUUCUACGGAUUAAUGCGUCAGAUAUGUUCGGAGACAUUGGAGAGAAAGAUGCAUGACCUAUUGCAGGAAGAAAGUUGA